AUGUUUUCUUUUCAAGUUCAAAACCAUUGUACUCGCUUGUCCAGGAAAAUGACACUGAGAGACAAGGCAAACUCUAACAAUGAGUCAAAAAAUGGGAAAGAUCCCCCUCAACAAAAUCAUGAGGAAGCAUUACAGGCGUCUACACCAUCUGGAUUAUCGGAUUUACAAAUGCAAAGUACAGAGGUAGGCGAGAUCACGGAAAUGCCAGACUAUGAAAUGCUGAGCACGUCCGCGGUACUUCAUUACUGUAAGAAUAAAAUACUGAGGCCGUAUCUGAGACUGUUAGGAGUGAUGGGUCUAAAACCAAUAAGCAACGAUGAUGCAGAGAGAUGCUCUCUUCUCUGUCUAUUCACAAAUCUUCACACCUUUCAAGUCACGAUAUUCAUGUGCAUCGGAUACGUUUUACAGUACAUGGCGUGCUUCAGGAGAGACAGAGGUUUUUGUUAUAAGACCACGCCCAUGAAAUUUGAAAUGUUGUCCAAUAUUGGCAAAGAAGAUUUUGCAGAAGUUGCCUGCUUCGGAAACAUACUAUUCAGUUACUUGAUUCCCAGUAUUCUGCAUCUAAGUGCAUAUUUGUAUACGGUUUAUCUGUUUCGAAUCAAAGAGAAUGAACAGUUACAGAAUUUGAUGGAAAGGGCGUUCCUUCUGUCUUCGAAUCCUGUGAAUCGUGGAAAUCAAAGGAGACUCGUGCGUAUACUGUGGCUGUUUAUAGCGUUCAGCCUCUUGUGGAUAAUCAUGACACUGGUCACAGCAAAUAUUUUGAUGGCUGAAGGAAGUAUCGCAUUUCAAUGGCUGGAAUACGGUCCGUAUCACGUAGAAAUAAUAUUGAAGGUACUUCUGAUCGUCUGCACAUUAUGGCAUGAUAUGGUUCAAGGAACGAUCAUUACUAGUUACUGCUUGCAAGGCCAACUUCUACUGGCACAUCUCUACUUUCUUCGUGGAAAACUGCUUCAUCAUACCUUAGCGCCCAUCGACUGGAUGAAGGAACUCAGCGAGUUCAAAAAAUUGUUGAAGUACUUCAACGACGAACUAGGGCCAGCCGUGUGCAUUUACACGGUCGUCAACUUAUCGUGGGCAGCCGCCGGCACCAUUUGGCUGCUUCGAUACGAUAAGAACGACGAGCAAACCGAUCCCGUCACUUGCAUAGAGAUAAUAAACGUGGUACUGUGGAUUUUAAUAUCGAUAGUCCCUUUUAUUCAGGCUGCUCGAUUGACUGCGGGUUGUUCUAUGAUACAAAGUAUCGGGCACGAGGUACGAAUUCGCCCAUUCGUCUAUCAAAGCACUCCGGGUGAGGACUUGGACACGAUACUUUUAUACACGUCGUCGCUGAAGAUGUGCGCCAGGCUUUUCAGAGUACCGAUCACGGGCAGAUACCUUUGUCUAUUUCUGACAGCGAGCAGUAUCUUAAUACUUACAUUAGGGCAAUGCCAAUUUUUCCAAUAA